AUGGCGACCACUCCUAUUGGCAACAAAACUUUGGAGCUUCUUCGAGCCCGGCUUUUGAAUGCGGUCAAGAAGGAAGCAGCGGCACUCGUGGCGGAAGACUUCGGGAGCCCCAGUGAUAUUGAUAGGAAUUUCAAGUCUUUGUUUCAAGCAGAACUGGGCCCCCACGAGAUAGCCAGUCCGGAUUCGACCAUUCUCUUCGAUGAGAAACAGAACAACUACGAUGUGGUUGCGUAUAACCCAAGCAGCGGUCUCAAUCCGAAAAGAGCCGUCGAACUCGUCAACCCUAUCCGUGACAAUCUUGUCGGCGUUUGGAAAGUGCUAGAGUACAGCAUGCUCGACAAAUCCAAUCGAAAUGAGAAAAUACAUCCAUGGGGGCCCAUUCUGGACGGGCAAGUAAUCUUUACUCCCGAUGGGUACGUCAGUGCCAUGGUCGAGAUCCCGGGACAGCACCCAUUUGGAGGUGAUGAGCCCUGGACUUCAGGGACAGCUGAACUCGCGGAAUCAGCAAGAAGAUCGUGUUGUUACAGUGGAAGAUUUUUUGUCGAAAGAACAGCCAUCGGAGCAACCCUGGUUUACGAACUGGAGCUUUGCAACUACCCUGUUUUUCGUGGACAAAAGUUCCGAGUGUACCUCGACUUUGUGAAGAAAGGCAACCAGCAAUUUCUUAUCACAACAUUGACAUCCAAUGAUUCAGCAAGACAGAAGCAGGAGGUGUUCCUCAAGAUAUAG